AUAUCUUCUAAUUUGAACUAGCUAGCUUAAAUUUUCAAUUAGUUCAUUCAUAAUUCUCUCUACUCUUACUUCUCUAUCUCUUAAUGGCUAAAUUUCAAGCCACAAUAAAACAUUUUGCUCUUUUUCUAGCACUAAUAGCUUGCAAUUAUUCCCUUCAAUCUCAUGCAAGGCUCAUAAAACCAUUGAACCAACACAAUGUUCCUACUUCAACAUCAAAGAAAAACAAUGAAGUAGCUAGUUAUUUUGUAGAUUCAUCAAGUGAAGUCCACACAAAUGCAUUUCAACCAACAGCACCAGGAAAUAGUCCUGGUGUUGGCCACAAAUAUUUUACAGAACAAGAUAUUAAUUUGAAAGCAAAAAAAAUUCAGAGUCCAAAUGUUGAAGUUUCUGUGACUGAGGAUACCAAAAAUGAUUUCAAAAAAACAGACCCUGGUCACAGUCCUGGUGUUGGUCAUGCUUACCAAAAUGAAAUUGGAAAUUGAUAUUAGUCAUGUAAAUAUGUUUAUGUACAUUAAUUAUAUUAUAUGUCUUUAGUUUCAUAUAUUCUGCAAUUUAGAUUUUCAAUUCUUGUAUGCCAAACCAUGCAGCAUGUUGCAUGAGUUUGGGUUUAAUUGAUUAUUGGCUAUUGAUUGUAUUUGUAUCAUUCAAAAUGUUAGCUAGCUAGCUAGCUAACAUCUUCUUUAUUUAUAAUAAUUAUGUCACAAAUAUUGCCAAAUUAA